UCGCCCUAGUAAUCGGAUUACCGAGAACGACUUAUAAAGGGAGAAGAACGCCGUUGUUAGUGUAUUUUACAAUUGAGCCCACGCGGAGGAGUGCGUUUGCCAGGAACCGAAUAAAUGCAGGGUGCAACGAAUUUAGACUUUCGAAGAUGAAUCAAUGAAAGAUAUAAAAAGUCAAGCUUAACAAUCAUGAAAUCAUGUUGAACACCCAAAUCCAAUCAAAUGACGCAAGCAAACGGUACGAGUAGAGCUGCUAGUGCGAUCUUUCGCAAUGCAGACGAACAAGAAGAAAGAGAACUCAAGGUAGAAGGUAACCUGCCUGAAUGGCUCGAAGGUGUCUUGUACCGCACCGGUCCAGGUCGCUAUAGUUCAAAUAGCAGCAAGACAAAUAAAGAAGGAAACAAUCCGCAUUCCUUUGAAAUUUCACAUUGGUUCGAUGGGAAAGCUCUGAAUCAUCGAUUUAGGAUCUCCGGUAAGGAGGGUAUUGUACUUUAUAGAUCACGAUUCGCUUGCAGUGAUCAAAUGGCAAAAGAGGAUCGAGAAGGCAGAUGUUCAACAGUCACCUUUGCUCAGCCCUAUGAUCCAUGCGAGAGACUAUAUACAAAGUUUAAAUCUGCCUUCCACACUUUAGCGAAUACGCAAAAGCCUGAAUCAGCUUCAGACGCAAACGUAAACGUGGUGAUAAGAUACGAUCAUCAAAAUAAUGUUUUGAUGACAAGCUCAGAUAAUCCGACUUUGCAAAAACUUGAUCCGACCACUUUAGAGCCGAUUCAAAUUUUAUCUUAUCAAGACUUUGAUCCGAAUUUAGCAGGUCAUUUAUCGGGCGCACAUCCUGCAAUCAUUGAUGGUACAAGGUACAAUUAUAUAUUGAAAUUUGGUCCAAUUCCAACGUACAAGAUCUUUAGCCUAGACGAUAACGGUAAAUGCAAGAUAUUACACACGAUCUACGAUGCACCCUCAGCAUAUCUUCAUUCCAUGGCUGUGACAGAAACGUAUGUGGUUUUGACAAUUUGGCAGGCUGACAUCACCAAUCUGGGCUUGGGCAUCCCUUUGAAAAAUAACGUUGUCGAGAAUGUGGCGAAAUGGAAUCCAAGAAGAAAGACUGUACAUUAUAUCAUCAACCGUCAAAGUGGAAAGUUGGUACGAAAAAUAAAGUCUGAUCCUUUCUUUUGCUUUCAUCAUAUCAAUGCAUACGAAAAUGAUGAUGCAUCACGGAUCGUAUUAGACUUGGCCACAUACGAAGACACAACAAUCCUUGAUGCAUUUCGAAUGGAAUUGCUACGAAACUUUGACGUAGAUAAACUUCCACGAACUCAAUAUCGUCGAGUGGUCCUGGAUGUUUCGAAAAGCGAAGGCUCGAACGGUAGUUUAAUACACUCACGUCCUCCACGAGAACAAUUUGGAGUAGAGUUGCCAACUAUCAACCCUCUAAAGGCUUGGCGUAAAGCAAGAUAUUGUUAUGGAACAUAUCAUACACGCAGGGCCGAAACGCAAAACCACUUUAUUGAUUCAGUAAUGAAACUUGACUUGGAUGAUGAAGCACUUGACCAAAAAGCGAACACAAUAGCAGAUGCCCAAAAACAUAAGAUAUGGUUCACGCCCAAUAUGAUACCCAGUGAAGCAAUCUUUGUUCCGAGGCCCGAUUGCGUUGAGGAGGACGAUGGCGUGCUCUUGAUUGUGGCACUGAAUACUUUGACGGAAUCGAGCGAACUUGUUGUUUUAGAUGCAAAAACAAUGAAACAGAUUGUAAGCGCAAAAUUGGAUUGCGUCUUUCCUAUUGGAUUCCACGGUACAUUUGCCAAAGGUAUAGAUUAGAAUGGGAACAUUAGGAAAAGAUUCAAUUUGCAAGGCAGCUUUCAAAACAACGAUUG